CUCCUGUUGUUACAAUUGAGUCCAAGUCAAGACGUCUCACGCAAUAGUAUGGCCAUUGAGUCAAUUAUUAAUAUGACAGAUAUAUAUUCCUCACUUCCUGGUGAGAGAUGGGCCCGUGUAUUGGUUCUUGCUCCCGGAAAUUGGGAGUCCCCGCUCUCAUGCACCUUGGAGCCGUACGACCUUGACUCAGAACACAUUCAACCUUAUGAGGCAAUAUCAUAUGUGUGGGGUGAUCCGAGGCCCACUGAGCCUAUCAGUAUAAACGACAAAGCCACGUUCGCGACACAAAGUCUAGCUUCCGCGCUGCAGCAACUACGCCUCCCCGACAUUGACAGGAGGCUUUGGGCGGACGCGAUCUGUAUCAACCAGUCUGAUCUCAACGAGAAAGGCUAUGCAGUCACUAUGAUGGGAUCGAUCUACGAGUCCGCAUCUCGUGUCAUCGUAUGGCUAGGCACGGACAUGAGUGGGACAGCACAGACCGCGAUCGAUGUCAUCAAAUCGUUCAACCGUCUAGUCGAGAAGCAGCUUACGCCACAACAGUUUCACAAAGCCUGGGGCCCGCUUCAUGAUCCCGAUGGUAUGAUCAAAAGGAACCAACUCGAACACGCUGUAAGACUGUUCGGCAACGUAUGGUUCAGGCGUGCAUGGGUUCUCCAGGAAGUAGGCGUCGCCAAAGACGCCCUUCUAGCUUACGGUUCGGCCACUGUUGACUUCGCGGAGGCGAUCCAAUUCAUAUGUGCAUGGUCGUCAUAUUACGGGUAUCACGAUGGCAAGAUGCAGUUCCCGGGUCUUGACUUCAAGUCUGCCUACCUUCGGUUACUGUUUGGAAAGGUCUGGGUGUCGUACCUGCCUGCAAGAGCACUGACAUUCGAGCACACGUGGAUCAGGAAAUCUCCUUUAUUACAGUACGAGGCACAAAUUCUGCGUUGUGAACAGUAUCUUGAGUUUCUGGAUAUCCUCUUCCUGAACAUGAAUGAACUCAGGGCAACAGAUCCCCGUGAUUUUGUUUUUGCAUUCCUCAGCAACCCCCUCUCCAGGCAACCAGAUGGAAGACCUAUAAUUCAAGCGGAUUAUACCAUCAGCAGCUCUGAAGUAAGGCGGCGUCUUUUUUCGGAGUUGGCAAAAAAGUCCUUGCGCUUCCUGGGAUUGGUUUGGCAUUCGUCCGACACGGAUCUGAAAGACGAAUCAUCUUGGUAUCCAGACUUCGAUAAAUACAGUACCGGCUGUAUAAACGGUAGGUAUGAUGCCAACUUAAGCAUAUCACCGGUGUUCAAUGCCUCAAUCAGCGCGGAAAUAUGUGGCAACAUGCUGAAAAUUAGUGCACUUCUGGUAGAUGAAGUUGGGAGCUGUGGUCCAGUGGCGCCAUACCCAGUGAAAGACAAUGAUCACCAAGCCAUAACAUUCCCAAAAGUACUGGAGCAAUACUGGGAUCUAGCUUGGGACCAUGAGAUUAAAUGCAAAAGCAGCGGUUCAUUUAGGGAUAUGAUACUGCGGUUCGCUAGCACACUGUUACACACCAUCGAUACUGAGAAUCAUUCUGAAAUUCUUUUCAGUUUUACGAAAUUCGUCCAGAACAAGUGCCCGGAAAUAUACCAGGAGUUGCUAAGAAGGUGGCCUGGAAGCGAGAAGCUCAAACAGCAAACUGAAACAACUCAAAGGAUCCCGUUUGGACCUAGAGCCGAAUGGACCAUAAAAGGCCACAGGUUCUUCGUGUCAAGCAAUGGAAAUUUUGGAACGGGGUCGCCCCUAGUACAGCCAGGCGAUUUGAUUUGUGUCAUACCAACGGUCCAAGCACCUGUGAUCAUUCGGCCAGUGGAUAUUGCGAACAGGCCCACGUACCGUGUCAUCUCUGCCUGCUACGUGUAUGGUCUGAUGUAUGGACAUGCCGUGUCGCAAUGGAUCGAGGACCCCUCUUCUUUGAAUAAAAGUGAUCUUACUUUUGUCUAAGAAACCGCAUGCGACUGUAAGUGAUGGGUGAAUACUUAGCAAUACUACUAUAAGUGUCAACAAUACGUACGUUUCAAGGGGCGAACAGCGUAGAGCCAUAAAGAGCAAAAGUGACGCCGCUUCCUAUUAUAAGAACCCACGAUCUGAGGGAGACAUAAGCGCCUUUGCUUUCUACUUAUUCGAAAUUGGAUGUAAUUGGAUGAGCUUGUGCGAUAAGACGCGAAACUGCGACGUCAAAAUAACGUUUUCAUAAGGAAUUACAGCACUGUGGGAGUUGCGAUUUUGAUAGCAGCUCACCGAACUUGGCAGUACCAUCGGCUCGCAUGGUUACGAAUCAGCAGCUUAGGAGUACUGCCGUGGCUGGAACAUCCUACUAUUGAGAAAGCAUAUUGGCCGGGCUGCGCAACGAGGGUUGUCGAGCCUCUCUGCCAAUGCUGUAAGCAAUCCAUGCUGAAAUAUUCCC